AGGAACAGGCAGCAGCACAACCCCAUGUGAGUCGUGACCCUUCUAUAUAGAUCUCCAAAAUCCCACCUCUCUCUCUUGGAUCUCCUUUUGUGAAGAAAAAAGAAAAUGGCAAGAUCACAGAAUUUGGUGGUACUGUUGCUGGCUUUGACAAGCCUAUGCAUUGGCUUGGUUUCUGCAGAUUGGAACAUACUGCAUUUCCCCAAAAGGAAAAGCAUUCUUUCUGGUGGCAGUGGCUUGAAGAAUUACUGUGAGAGUUGGAGGAUGAAUGUGGAGCUCAACAACAUUAGAGGGUUCGAGGUUGUUCCCCAAGAGUGUGUGAGCUACAUCAAGCAUUACAUGACAUCGGCUCAGUACGAGUCGGAUUCGGAGAGGACGAUGGACGAGGUUCGGCUGUAUUUGAGCAGGUGUUGCAGCUUACAUGGUGAUGGUAAAGAUGCUUGGAUCUUUGAUGUUGAUGACACUCUUCUUUCCACCAUUCCUUACUACAAAAAACAUGGUUUUGGUGGAGAGAAAUUGAACACAAGUUCAAUGGAAGCAUGGAUGGGAGAGAGCAAGGCACCAGCUUUGGAGCACACACUGAAGCUCUUCCAUGAAAUCAAAGACAAGGGAGUCAAGAUCUUCCUCAUCUCUUCAAGAACAGAAACCUUAAGAUCUCCCACUGUUGAUAACCUCAUCAAUGUUGGAUAUCAUGGAUGGACUGGUCUCAUAUUAAGGGGUCUUGAGGAUGAAUUGAUGGAAGUGCAAAAGUUCAAGACUGAAGCAAGGAAAAGAUUAGUAGAUGAAGGCUAUCACUUUUGGGGAAUCAUUGGAGAUCAAUGGAGCAGUUUGGAGGGACUUCCAAAUGCUAAGAGGACUUUCAAGCUCCCAAAUUCCAUGUAUUAUCUUCCCUAAUUAACUAAUUAAUCAAUUGAUUUAUGUAUAUUGAGUUAAGGGAGUUUUAUAUAA